AUGGCUGCUAGAUUGGGCCUGCCGUCGUCUUCUCUGCCGGCUCAAAUUCCGGUUUCCCUGAAUCCUCAUACUAGAAGCGGCGGAUUGUAUCAGCUGAAGUUGAAUUCGAAACCUGGAGUUAUAGUAUCAGCUGCUGAUCCAAAGAAUACUACUAUCACCAGCGGCGGCGGCGGCGGCGGUGGCGGCAGUGUGAAUCAUAACAAGGGAAGCCGGUCGUCCACCACCUCCAAUUACGUGGUUCCCUUGGACAAGCCUUCCUGCAUCACUAGGCCUCUCGCCGAGAUCCUCCGAGACCUUAACAAGAGAAUUCCUGAUAAUCUCAUCCAAGACGGUGAUCCCACCUUUAUUCCCUGGUACCAUGCCAAUCGCAUGUUAAGCUUUUAUGCACCAGGUUGGUGUGGUGAGAUACGUGACAUUAUUUUCUCGGACAACUCUACUGUGACUGUGGUUUACCGUGUUACGGUAAGAGGUUCCGAUGGAGAGGCACACCGAGAAUCAACUGGAACAGUGUCAUCCAGCAGCAAAGACAUUGUAGAUCCUGUCGCGGCUGCAGAGGAGAUAGCAUUUUGCAAGGAUGAUGUUGCAUAUACCGUGAGGUGCAAGGGUUUUCAGCUUCAACUUGCUGGGACAUUUCAAGAAAAACGCCAGAAAUGCUUACGCCUGAUCGCCAUACCAAUCAGCUAG